UUACAGAGCUCUCGUUUCCUAUCUCUAAAAUGGAAUUUGAGGACAAGUACGUGCAGAGGCCAAAAUAUGAAUGUCUACUCUUUGAUUUAGAUGAUACUCUAUAUCCAUUUUGCACUGGUUUAGCCACUGCAUGCCGCAAGAACAUUGAAGAUUACAUGUUUGAGAAGCUUUCCAUUGACAAGAGCAAAAUUCCUGACCUGUGUGAUCUUCUGUAUAAGAAUUAUGGGACAACAAUGGCUGGUCUAAGGGCCAUUGGCUAUGACUUUGACUAUGAUGAGUACCAUAGUUUUGUUCAUGGAAGACUACCUUAUGAGAAUCUAAAACCAGAUCCUGUUUUGAGGAAUCUUUUGAUCAACUUGCCAAUUAGGAAAGUUAUCUUCACAAAUGCUGAUAAAAUUCAUGCUGUGAAAGCCCUGAAUAUACUUGGAUUGGAAGAUUGCUUUGAAGGGAUAAUCUGUUUCGAAACUCUGAAUCCCAUUCACAAAAGCAUUGUCUCUGACGAUGAAGACGAUGUUGAGUUUGUGGGCUUAACUUCACCACCCACUACCCGAAAUGCCAAUGAAAUAUUUGAUAUUAUAAACCAUUUCUCUAAACCUAACCCAACAGCUUUGCCAAAGACACCAAUAGUCUGUAAACCAUCAGAAGAUGCCAUUGAACUUGCUCUGAAGAUAGCCAACAUCAACCCCCACAGAACACUAUUCUUUGAGGACAGUGUUCGAAACAUACAGUCGGGGAAGCGGUUAGGACUGCAAACCGUACUGGUGGGAAAGUCACAGAGGGUGAAGGGUGCAGAUUAUGCUGUCGAAAGCAUACAUAACUUGAAGGAGGCGAUCCCCGAACUUUGGGAAGUAGUUGACAAAAUGAUAGCUGCGGUUGAAACUAAAUGCUAUUCGGGGCAGAUUUCUGUUGAGACAACCAUAACUGCUUAGGCAAUUGUAAUAGGUUGUACCAUUAUGGGACCGGGACCAGGACCGAGCUAUGUCCCCGAUGAUCAAUUAGGUGUUGUCGCGUUAUGGUGUAAAUGUUUGUUUGUUUGUUUAUCGUCGUAAUAAUAAUAAUAAUAAAUAUCAUGGAAGUCUACAUGCUUAUUUCUAUGUUUUGCACUUA